AUGUCCCUCGACCUGAGCGCGGCCGCGCAGGCCCGCCGCGCGCGCCGCCUCGCCCGCAUGCGGGUGUACAACCUCCGCUUCCUCAGCCCGUGGCGCGCCUGGGGCCCGUUCCACGUCGUCGACCAGAUCCCCGCUCGCCCCACCCGCCCCACCGGCAAGGGCAAGGCGCAGCCCGACUCGGACGACGAGGAGGCGGACUGGGCGCCCCUCCCCGAGCCGUUCCUCGCCGGCGCACACGCCGCCGCCCCGCGUGCCUGCCGCGGCGGCGCGCUGAUGCCCGACUGGGCGUUCCUCGCGGCGGUGAGGAUCGUGGUCGAGGCGAACCUGUGCGAGGCGGUCGGCGCGGCGGAGCUCGCGGGCCUCACGACGCUCGACGGGCUGCGCACGGGCUCUGCGCCGAUCGACUGCUCCGGCGGCGGCGAGGCGGGCAGGGCGGGCAGCAUCCCCGCCCCCACCGGCGCGCUCGCGGCGUUCCAGGGCGACUGGACGCAGCCGCCCACGACGGACGGCUGGGACUGGGCGGGCGUGACGGGGAUCUGGCGCCGGUGCAUAUGCUGGCUCGACUACCGCGACCUCAUCUCGCACAACCUCUCGUCCGACUUCAACGACCCCGAGCUUACCGGAAGCCGUGCGCAUCGUGCCCAUGCGCCUCCGCGUCGCGUCGGCACCGUGUCCGUCGUCAAGGACGGGUCCGUGCACUGGCGCAUCGUCCUGCUCGGCGAGAACGAGGGAGACCCGACGGAGUGGGCGACGGAGGGCGUGCAGAUCGGCGGGCACACGGCGGCGAUGGGCGUGCUCGGCCUGUGGACCGGCUCCCAGCACGAGCGGAUGGACCCCCUCGGUCCGUUCUGGGCGUGGAAGGUCGGCUGA